CCAUCACACAAUAAUAUAUUUGAUCACUGUGCAGUUAAAAAUCAAGAUCAGAGAUUUUAUCCACAGGAACUAAAAUAUAUCUGGUCCAAGCCACCUCAGGUGUAAUUCUUUUCUUACAGGUAAUGCAGCUUAUCCACUGUCAUCACAGUUCCAACAUCAUUGAAUACAUAACAGGUGCUUGUGAUUCAUAGACCUUAAUAAUUAUAAAUAUAUCUGAUAUCUGCACCUUUUAUUCAAGUGUUCUCUGCAGCCUCCUCUGGCAGCUGUGUUGAUUGUUUUUCGUUCUGUGGUUUGACACCUUAUUACACCUAGUUUUAUGACUUCUGUAUAGUGCCAGUAGUGCUAUGAUUUAGAUACCUUGCAAGAUACGUAUACUUGUGUGUGUGCGUGUGGCCCUGUUUAGUGUGGCUACGAGCAGCAGGGGGACCGGGGGGUACUGUUUCAGCACAUGGCCUAUAUUUAACUUAGCAAGGGGGAUUUUGAUCUUAAAGUCACACAGGCUCAUUCCGUUGUUAGCUACCGGUACAGAACAAGAUAAUGAUGGUUUCCCCAAAUCUAUAACAAUCUUUUUAUGAUAAGUUCAAAAUCGAACUUCUUAUGUCAGUUCUUCUUUGUUGUUAGUGUGCUUAACCUAAGACUCGGUGAGAUACCCUCUGUCACUGCUUUGUCCCUCUCUGUCUCCACUCCCCUCUUUUCAUUCCCCACUCAGUCUAUUUCUGUCUCCCGCUGAGUCAGAUGGACAGCACCCAACUUAGAAUGACACAAACAGGCGGACCAACUUGUCCGAAAUCAGAGUGGCUGAAAACAUCAAGAGGACUCUAAAAUACACAGAAAAGAAACAACAUUGGGAAACUACAAAUAAAAGAGAGGGAGGAUAUUACCAAGAUGGAGGAGUGUGCGAGUCUGGACUCGGAGAUGACAGAGCUGCAGGAGUUUGAGUGUGAGGCUUCAGAGGCCAUCAGCCAGGACGAUGAAGACGAGGUGGAGGAACUAAGAAACAGUCUGCGAGAGGUUGUCCAGGACCAGUCUGUGAACCCCAGACUCCAGUGCCUUAUGGUGGAUCCAUCGUUCUCCAUGGUAACUGUUCAGAGUGAGGACAGUGGUAUUGUUUGGGAGACAGCCUCUAGCCGCUGCUCUACCCCUUGGGCAUCUGAGACCAGCUCCAUCUCUGAAGCCUACAGCAUGGAGGGCUCUGGAACCGCAGGAAAGAUCACCAUCGUAUUUGAUGAGGAGCAAAUAGUCCGCAGGAGGACAAGGUCUGGAGGAAGGAGAAGCAGGCUGGGGGACAGGCUGAGCCGACCUGGUAGUUCAAGAUCAGCUUCAGCUCUUGGAGUGGAGAGACUGGAGAUGGCAGAGGUUUCUCUUCCAAAUGUCAAAAAGGAGAAAACCGAAACAGAGCCGGACUUGGAGGAAAUCAAAAACAAAGAUCAGCAGCUGUUUAGUUUGAUUUCAGAGGGUUAUGAGAUUCUCAACAUCAGAGUCCCCUCCAAACUUCCCACUGUGGAUGAGGAAGAGAGCACAGAGCUCCAGGACAAUUUGUCUUAUUUGGACCAGACUCCAAAGAUCAAAUCCCGAAACCACCAUGACUGGACACGACAACAGAAUCAUGUCCGGCCAAAGGAGGGGGAAAUACUGGAUCACCAAGAGCCCUCAGAGGAAGAUUCUUCUCAGCAAUCAGCGUUCACAGAGCUCAGACACACACCCACUCAGAAAGAGAGCACCGGCGACAUAGACUACUUUGAGAAGUUUACCCUGCUUGAUGUGGGGGUUCCUGGAGAACAAACUCCAGAGCCGCAGGAAGAGGCAGAACAGCCUGCAGCGAUGCCCCAAGUAGAGGAGCAAAAGCUUGCUAAGGAGACAGCCUCAGAGAGCCCUUCUGCAUCAGAAGACUCCUUUGUCUUUGUUACAGAUGUGGAGAUAGUUGGGGAACGCCUGGAUGAGGUCUUCUAUGGAGAAGGAGCUCCUGCUGAUGCACUGCAGCGGAGAGAAGAUGAUGAGGCGGAAGGUGGAGCAAGGAUGAGAAUGAGACGAGAGAGCCAGAGAUCUGCGAAGGAGAAUGGUUCAGUGUUGUUUGGGAGUCAAGAGACCAUCCUCACACCCAUUUUUAUCUCCCCAGGACCCCCUAAGAUAAUUGACCUUAUCCUACUGGAAGAGCCCACCGCCAUGUCCUUUAUGUACUCAGACCUUUAUGAGGAUGCUAUAGGUGAGAGGAGUAAGAGCGCUGAUGAAUACUCUGAGGCAGAGAGCGUGGCAUCUGAGAAGUCUUAUAAAAGACGUUUAUCAGAUUCAGAGGAGGCGGACGGGUACCUGGAGAAGUUUACUUUAAAGGAUGAAAUUCCCACAGUGGAGGUUAAACCUGAGACAGUAGAGGAUAGGAGAGUGGGGAGGAUGAUGUGGUCACAGAGUCAGUUUGAAAUGACAGGAUGUCUAACAAGAGUGGUUAAAGAAGAAGAAGAUGAGGGCAAGAAGAAGAUAGAGGAACCAAAGACACAGGAGGUCAGUGAGAGGAGUGAAGAUUUAAAAUCAGCAACAUUGGAAGACAAAACAGGAAAGGAGAGGGAGCAAAUAAAACUCUCCAUGGUGACUGAAGAGCAGACUGUCAGGGAAGCUUUAGAAGAAUCAAUUCAGGAGUCUAAACUGAGAGAGGAGGAGGAGAUGAUGGGGGAUCAGGAAAUGAAACAGGAAGUAAAGACAGACCAAACUGAGCCUCCUGAGAAAAGCACUGAUGAACCACUGCCUAGAACCCAACACGUUGACAGUACAGUAGAGAAAACAGGGCAGGGUGAGGAGAAUCAGAGAGAGGUGCCAGCAGAAACAACUAGCAUUAUUGAAACUGAGCAGCCACGUCCAACACAAGAAGUGGUAGAAGAAACAGCUCAGGUGAUUGUAAAUGCUACGGACGAGGCAGCUGUGAUAACACCUGUAAGCAGUGAGGGGCCACACAUCAUCACUAAAUCUGAAAUACCAACAGAAACAACUGAGCAGAGUUUGUCUGAGGAGGUGGCUAAUGACAUUAAGAUGGUGGCCGCUGAUGAGACAGUAGUAACUGAGGUCAUAGCAGAGGUCCCAGCUGAAGUGAAAGAACCCAAGACUGAAAGACAGGAAAUUCUCACCUCUACUGAAAUAGAGACAUCAGCUGAAACAACACUGUUUGCGGAAAAAGAAGCAGCAGAUGUGGUUUCUGAAAGUGUUGCACCUGUUGAGGUUAUCACUGACUGCGAUUCUGCAGUACAUGCAGUAGUGGAGGUAAUAGAAAAAGCAGUGGAUGAAAAAGAGAUCAAAACUCAAGUUCAGAUUGAUCUUCAGGAGGUAACAAGUGUUAAGAAAACAGAUGUUCCAACAGCUGCUCCUGGAGGAGAAGAAGAAGAACAUGAAGAUCUAACAGAGAAAACUGCAGUUGAGAGCGAGGUACCUCCAUUUAUUACUAAAGCUGGUCAGGAGUCAGAGGUUAAAGCUGAGAUUCUAAGUGAGAUAACUGAACCUGUGAUACCAGAAGAAGUCAAGACUGAUGAUUCAGACAAGAAACAGCAUGAAAUUCAAGAGUCCAAGCAGCAUCAACAAGGGAAGUCAGUAACUGACACUGAAUCAGACAAAACAAAUCUGAUAACUGAAGCCAAAGAUAAAACCCCCACAGAGGACACUGCGACUGAUGUUCAGGACAAGGUGGAUGUGGGUGAUGAAUUAAUCCUCCUUGUACCCAAAGGACAAGCUGUAGAGAUGGACAUAGAGAUAAGUCAGCAGCCAGAGAAGACUAAAAGUGAUACAGUAGUUCUCUCUGAACCUGACAGCACAUGUGAACAUCUCAUAGAACCUGAAACCACAACAAUAUGCCCUGAGACCCUUCAGGCACCAAAUGAAGAAACAAUGACAGAGCCUCAACUUGAAUUAAAACCAGAAGUUGUUCUGAAGGAAGAAGCACUACCUAUAAACCAAUUAGACAGGAGGGAUUCUCCUCCAGCCAACACAGAGGAGCAGAAGACUGAGUGUGACUUUAAAGACGAAACAAUGACAGAGCCUCAACUUGAAUUAAAACCAGAAGUUGUUCUGGAGGAAGAAGCACUACCUAUAAACGAGUUAGACAGGAGGGAUUCUCCUCUAGCACCUGUAGAGGAGGCCAGCACAGAGGAGCAGAAGACUGAGUGGGACUUUGAAGAAAACAAGGACAUCCUUUCCACUCUGGAGGUGGAGGUGGAGGUGGAGAUCGAGAUGGAGGAGAAGGAGGAGAAAGUCUUGGAUCUGUCCCCAGAAGAAGAGCUCAUUGAGGCUGACUAUGAAAUCAUUGAUGCAGAGGAGGAGAGUCAGGCCCGACUGGCAGCUGAGCUGCAGGGGAUGGACUGGUUCUGUCUCACUUGUGGAUGUCUGCUGUCAGAGGACGACUAUGGGUCUGGACUGCAUCACAGCCAUGAGGUGACUGCUGUGGACAAAGCAUACGAGGAAAUCAAGGAGAAGCUGAGUGACUGGAUCUCAGAGCUUCAGGGGAGGUCAGAGAACAUCGAGGACCUGGUGUCUGAGCUUGAACUGGCCUACAACUCUGUAGAGGACCAGUGUGUGGAGACUGAGGCGGCGAUGCAGGCGCAGAAUGAGGAGAUGAUGGCUCUGGUGAUGGAGCAGUACAAUAACAUGUCUGUCAGUAUGGAGGAGGAGAAGAAGGCCAAGCUGGAGCAGCUUUAUGACCAGAUUGUCUCCUUCCAGGAGAGCAUCGACUCCGCCAAGGCCACUCUGGAGACCACGGCCAGAGAGGCUGAGACUGAUGCACGGUCACCUGAAGACAUUCAUGCAAGACUCAAGGCAGCUCUGGACACAGCCAUGUCAUUGGAGCUGGGUCCCAAGGGACUGCUGGUGUUCGAGGAUUAUGCCAAGGGCAACACUUCCAGCUCUCACGUCGCACAGCGCAAGGGAAUCCCAGUGCCUCAGAGUCCUACACUGCAGUCUCAGGAGCCAGGCUCAGCCACCAGCACCAGUGUCACUGUUUACUGGAAAGUCAACCCUGGAGAUAUAAUAGACUGCUUCCAGGUCUACUGCAUGGAGGAUCCACAAGGAGCUGUGUCAGAGGAGUACCGUGUAACAGUGAAGGAGAGUUACUGUGUCCUGGAGGAGCUGGAGCCUGAUAAGAUCUACAAAGUUUGGGUGAUGGCUGUCAACUACACAGGCUGCUCUCUGCCCAGCAAAAGACUGGCCUUCAGAACGGCUCCAUCAGUGCCAGUGAUUGAUACAGAACUCUGUACUGUCAUGUGGGAUUCAGCCACACUGCGGUGGAACACAACAAAACAGACUCCCGAACAGAGUUACACCUUGGAGUACUGCCGACAGUAUGAACUGGAGGGAGAGGGGCUCAGGUCCAUCUCAGGUAUCAAAAGCUGUGAACAGAAGGUUCUCCUGCAGCCCAGUGAGAAUUAUCUGUUUUACAUCAAAGCUGUGAAUGAGGCUGGGGCCAGCGAACAGAGCGAGGCUGCACUCAUUUCAACCAAAGGGACAAGGUUCCACCUGCUGAAAACCUCAGCUCACCCAGUUCUGGAGCUGUCAAUGGACCAGACCACAUUGCACUACUCUGAAGACUCACCUGCAAACACACUUUCUACAAACAAACAGUGUCCAUCCAUCCUGGGUGAGUUGUUGCCAGCACACGGACAUUACUACUGGGAGACCAUUGUGUCAAGAAGUGCAGCUUACAGGCUUGGAGUGGCAUACAGCACAGCCAAUAGAAACAGUCCUCUGGGGGAAAACAACCUUUCAUGGUGUUUGCAGUGUAUCCCUACACCAUCAGGCUGCAGGUAUCAGUUGCUUCACAAUGACGUUCAGUCCACUGUGUUCGUGAUUGAGAUGCCUGAGCGAGUGGGUACUCUCCUGGAUUACCAGCUUGGUCGUCUAUCUUUCUAUAAUGCCCAGAGUGGUCAGUUGUUAGGCACUUUCUACCAGCGCUUCACCCAGCCGUUCCACCCUGCUCUGGCCCUGGAGUUGCCAGGCAGCCUGGAGGUGUGCAUGGUGCUGGAGGUGCCUGAGUUUACCAAAGACAGCUAGCUCUGCUACAUGGCUCACACGCUGUUUACAGUUCAUGUUGGACAUAUAUUUGAAUGAUCUUAAAAUUACAAUUAUUGCAUUACUGAGAUAACUGCACAUAUGACAGGACAUAAAAUAUACUGAUAUCCACAGUAAAGGCAGAAGACUUACUGGGCCCCAAUCUUCUAACAAGGACUCAUUGAUGGGUUUGUGUGUUUUUAGUGAGAUCGAACCUAAUUAGUGUAGAGCUUCAUGGUAAAGCGAGUUUUCUCUGACCGAACAUAAAUUCAAUUCAGUAUAUAUUUCUUUUGGUAACAGAAAUGAAAUUGUAAAUAUCAAAAACAGAGGCAGUAAAAAUGAAUGACGACGGUGUGAAAUAUAACUGGAUUGAGAUUUUGCUUUGUCAAGGGAGAAGUAAAAUGUUGUGGAUCAUUUUGUAAAUUUGACCAUAACAUAUGCUGUUGUGAUCAUUUUGUACUGUUUUGUAAAUGUCUAGGAUUAACCCAUUUGUAGUUUUCUCCUCUUUAUUUAAACCCUUACUGAGUAAAUGAUCUGAAGCAUAUUGAAAUCAAACACACACUCUAUCGUUACAGAGAAAAACAACAGUUAAAGCCUUUUUUCAACACAAAGUUUAGACACUGAAAUAUAGAAAUAUACUGUAGCACUUUUGAAUUGUGUUUCAUAUUGUGAAUUUGUGUAAAUAACAUUUUUAAACAGAUGUGAUCACUUGUAUUUUUUGUUAUGUGCAACUCACAGCAAGUGAAUAUGAAUUGUUUUCCUUUCCCUGUCCUGUAAACUGACUUUCUGUCUGAGCUGAAUGAACAUGUUUAUUUUUCUAUUUGAACAACUGGACUGGUAGUUUGUUUUGCCUCAGCUCAUUUUUCUUUUUUCUUUUCUUUCUAACAUACAUUCACCACUAGGGGGCCUCAGUACACCAUUAGCUGCAAUCAAAAUCAUCCAAAAAAAAUGUAUUCUGUCCUCUGUAACAUGUACAUAUAUAUACAGAUAUGUUAUUAUACUCUCUACAACACUGAGAUAAACAGAAAUCAAAGAUAUUUCCAGAAAAGUUUUCUGUUCUUAAAAUAUCCUAAUGCCAUGUAUUUUUCAUUGCUGCUUACACUUAAUGCAAUGUUUAAUUGCAUGUAAUGUACAUUAUUAUCACCUAAAAUUGUGUGUUAACUUGAAUGUGGGUAAAAAUGUGAGUUGAAUGACUUAAAAAUGAAAGAGAAGUCAGUCAGAAAUUAAUCAAAUAGAUUUCUGCUACCAAUCCUAACAACUUCUGCAAAAUCCACGCACUUACACUUCCAGAUUGCUUUUUAUAACUUACAGCUACUGUAGAUUUGGGAACCAGACACCUUGCUGAGAAAGCUACAUGGUUCUCCAAAGGACAUGUAAUUUCACAAUUAUGUUACAAUUUUUCCAGGCACUUUUCCCCCUCAUAUUGGAACACCUUUCUCCAUUUCUGGGGAAACAGCGAGAGGAGGGAGCAGCUGCUGGCUUCCAUGUGAUCUGUUGGACUGCUCAGCUGGAAGCUCAUUGAAAAGUGACAGCCUCAUUUUACUGGAUUCUCUUCUCUGCCUUCCUGAUGACACUGGGCUAGGAAGUUGGAACAAAUUUUAUUGGAGCUGAACCGGGAUGGAUUUGCUUGUUAGGUGCAGACUAAGGACUCUUUUAGUACCUCUUCUCAACAUAGUUCUUUGACACUAUUUGAUGUGAUCUAACCCUGAAAAACUGAAGAAAAGGAUCACUGUAAAAUCACUGUAAUUCAAAAGAUGCAAACAUGUACAAUAUUUAUUUCAGCACAAAAAUUGACAAUAGAUCCAAAUGUGCUAUUUAUUUCCCUUUACCGCACCCAUUAAAAAGCCAGCCAAGAGAAGCCUCA